AUGCCGGAUCCAUGGCGCCAAUUACGCUCCUUCGUUUUCCUCAGCGAUGAAGAGAUGGGGAAGAAGGACGACGACCAUCACCGCCCUGGCGGCAGCGCCAUCAAGAACCCCAUGCUGCUUCGAAACAGGAACCCCCAAUGGCAGCCCGCCGCCAAGAUGCCCUCCCGCCGCCUCUUCCGACGCAUCGCCUACCUCCUCGUCAUUGCCGCCGGCCUCUAUUACCUCUUGAGCGACCUCUCCCUCGGUUUCGGCCAACGGCCCCCGAACUACAUCUACCCGUACCCCGAAGACGCUUCUCCGUCCCGCGAUCCCUCCUCACGAAAGCCCGGCCGACUAGCUCAAGGUCAACCCAUCCCGCCGGCCACAGAACACGACUACAAUGGCCCCGUCAAGUUCCACCGGCUCGCCAACUCGCUACACGCCAUUGCUGCUACCAAGGGCAGCCAGCCCAUCAACCAAAAUGUCCUCUUCGCCGCCUCCAACUUGCGCAGCAUAUCGAGCUUGCUACCGUUCGCUUGUAAGAUGGGCACUGAGCUGAGGAGCUACGUACACUUUGCCGUCAUGAGCAGGAGCGACAUCAACCUCGACGAGCUCAAGAAGAUCAACGGCGUGGACGAUACCUGCUACAUCAUCUGGCACGAUGCCCGAGCCGACUUCUCCCCCCUCUCGACCGACGCUCGACUCGAACAAUCCGCGGUCCGCGCGCUGCGACACAUAAGCACAUACAUGCAUCCUCAAGCUAUCCUCAUUGACGGCUCCGACGACGAAUACGUCCCCUUCACGAAAGGAAUGCGCGACGAGACGGGCAGGCUCAAGACCCCGCUGAUUGAGCUUCCCGCUGGUGCCUGGACACAUCUUUCAUGGUUGUCGAAGCUUGACAGCGCUUCCCUAGCUGCGUGGAACCAGGUCAGCGUCGACAUCCUGAUCCAGGCCCCGGCGAGCGGGUCAGGCAGCCUGUUGCGGCUGCUCAAGUCUCUCAAUGACGCCGAUUUCACUGCCUUCUCGAUCCCUCACCUCACCAUUGAGCUACCGCAAGACAUUGAACCUGCGACGGCCAAGUUCCUCGAGACGUUCCGCUGGCCGCCGCCACACGUGCAUAACCCCGGGCGCGUGCAGAUGCUCUCCCUAAGGCAUAGAAUCCCGAGACAGCGCAUGACGGAGGAGGAGAGCUCCAUACGAUUCCUUGAGUCUUUCUGGCCAACAACGCCAAAGUACUCUCAUAUUCUAGUUCUUUCGCCGCAGGCGGAGCUUGCGCCUGGUUUCUUCCAUUACCUGAAGUAUGCGGUGUUGGAGUACCGCUACUCUCGCCUGACCACCCUCCAGAAAUGGGACCAACGUUUGCUCGGCAUCAGCAUGACCACGCCUUCCAUGUACCUGAACGGCAAGAAGGACUUCAUCGAGCCGACGGCAGAAGGCGCAAGCGAUCUCGAACCCGGAACUUCCUACCUGUGGCAAGCUCCCAACAGCAACGCCGUUCUCUUCUUCGGUGACAGGUGGAUCGAGCUACACGGCCUCGUAUCGCAAGUCGACGCGCUACAACACGCGCGGGGUGCCGAGCCAUCGCCGGCGCUGAUUGCCGAAAAGCAGGUCAGCAAGAUGUACCCCUCCUGGCUGGAACAUAUGCUGCGCCUGUCCCGGCUCAGGGGCUACUUCACGCUGUACCCCAGCGCGGAGACGGCAGCCACGAUCGCGACAGUGCACCAGGAGCUCUACCAGGUUCCCGAGGAAUACGAGAAGGAAGGUGGGGAGGGUAAGAGGACGGCGAGUCUCUCGGAAUCGAGGUUUGGCUCCGGGUCCCUGGUCCAGACGAUGGACACACUGCCGAAUAAUGGUAGUCUCAAGCCCGCCAAUGACCUUCCCCUGCUCGGCUGGGAGGGCGAGGGUACGAACCUUAGGCACAUCUAUCAAAUGGCGAUAGAGUACAUGUUCACAUGGCGCGAGCAAGUCGGUGGCUGCAGCAAAGAAGAGUCUCAGCGGGAUCACGUGGAUGGGUCCGCGAGGGAUCUAUUUUGCACACCAGAUGGUAAACUCAAGGCUUAA